AUGCCUCGGAGACGGCAACGGAACAGCCUCCAUCUGGACCUCCCUUCUCCACCUCGAAUCCCAGAAAAUGCCUUCACACGUACACAGGCUCAGACACCUGGGUGGGACAUUCCCUGGGUACCGCAUCAACAGGGAACUGGGAGCUCUGAAGCUGCAGGUGCAGCUGGAGUAUGGAGCAGGCGCCGAAAGAAGUGGCGCCAUUUUUGUCUGCAUCAUAAUUUGGUGCCGCUCAUUUUCCGAAUGUUGAAUUUAGCCUUGACGACGACUACAUUAGGUGUUGCAAUAAAGGAAAGACAGUUGGAGAGGGAUAACCAUGUGCUUGGUGUUAUGGGCAGUUCAAUAACGCUCAUGAUCAUCUUUGCGCCUCUAACAAUCGUACAUGUCUUGAUCGGAACCUAUCUUGAGUAUUUCGGUCGUCCACUCGGUUUAUGGCGCACCAGCUGGAAAUUGUUUUAUACCCUCUCGGAGACGGUCUUCAUUUGUUUAUGGUCGGCUCUACUGGCGCUCAUAUUCGAUCACUACUACACGAGCCCUCUGCGAUGCGUUUCACCUAGCUCUAAUGACUGGUGGAACAGCCUACCACCGGUAUCCAGCCCUGUUACGAGUGGCAUCGAAGCCAUGCUAGGGGAUAAUCUAUGCGAUCACGCCAUUGCCCUCAUCGUUCUCGUGUUCUUUGCCCUGAUCGCGUAUUGCGCAAGCUUGUUCGUAUCGCUCUUUAGGAUUUUCGAGAAGGUCAAGUUUAGAACCCGAAUUGAUCUAUCCGCGAGUUUCAAUCAUGUGUGA